UUUGUUUAGUAACGUAAUAAAAUAUAAGCCCUAAGAUACAGUACAGAAACAAAUGAAAUGAUUGUGAAAUGAGAGGCAGAUGUCGCCACGCACGUCAACAACAAAGCAACCCUGCAUCAAUCAGACAGUAGCAACUGUCACCGCAAUACACACGCAUACCACCCGUCGUCGAAGAAAAUCUCGUUUGACGUGAGGAAGUAGCAACGGUGUCAGUCAGAAAAAGCAGACCGCGGAAGAGGCACUUUUUCGGAAAGAGGUUAGUGCGGAAAGUUUAAACGGCCGGAAGACAACCCGGAGUGGUUCGCUGUCGUGUCCAGUGAAGGGGACAGAUCAGGCCAACAACGAACGAUUGCGCGCGACUCGGUAAGCGUUGGCGAAAUACUGGUGACGGGCCAUCGAAGUCAGAAAGCCGCUCGAACGGUACGACAUUGCCACGUGGGGGAGUUAACCUCAAAACGACGGUUCGCCGGCGACGCAACCGGUGGAGAUUGGCGAACAAGGACCGAUAAACUGAUAAGGACUGAGGAUUAGCGAUCAACUAUUUGCUCAAGCGGCAUAAAAACGAUUCACACAGAUCGUCGGCAACAAGUGCAAAAGGUUGCGCGAACGCACCGCACGGAAAAGGCCUUCCAAAGGAAGGCCUUUAUUUUCAGGUCUGAAUCAGAGCGUACGGACAGCAAGCGGGUUCGGUCAGCAACCUACGAGGAAAGACGGCAGUACAGAACGAAUCGAUCGGCUCUGAGUCUUCGACGACGACUAUACGUCACACCAGCACGGGGGAUGAGUUAUCCGCGGGAGCAUGACGGCACGGCCCAUUGGUGUGAACUGCAGUAUGCAUCUCCGGGAAAAAACGGCGUGGCGGACAUGGUAGGGGUGCACCCACAGCAAGCGUGAGUAAGAAGAAAAGAGAAUAGGUAGAAUAAGUAGAUAGAGGAGAAGAGAGAACAGAAGGAGUAAUGAGUAAAAUAAAAAGCAGAUAAAGCAGGGCAAUGGAAGGAGAAUAAAGUUUGUGUCGAUGAAAAUUUAUGUUGUGGAUUUUAGUUUCUUCAGUUUUGUGUGGCCUUUUACGAGCUUUCCGGGGCUGAUCGAGGUUUUCGUUUCCCCCUCGACAGACACCCACGCAACAUUGGCGCCCAACUGAAAAUCCACAAAAGUAUAUUACCGUUUAGCGAAAUAUUUUUUGGUUUAAGAUUUUGGUUUUGUGCAUAUUAUUAUCUGGCCUACGAUAAUUUUAUUUUAACCCUUACGCAUAUUUAUACGAAAUGGAUUACACAUUAUUAACAGACGAAGAAGUGACCUAUGAGUUGGCUCUACGUCACGUCGUCAACUUAGGUCCCACCACACAUAGAGGGAAGGUGAUUCGUCUCAAGGCGGUUAUUCAAGAAGAAUCCUUGAGAGAUUUUAAACCCACUAGUUCAGACCAUGUAAUGAGUCCACAGUCCAACAUUGAACUGUGUGAAUCUCAGGUUCAACAACUGCACCUUAGCACUGAAUCGGCCAUUCACACAGCCGAUAGUGCAGCUUUGAACCAAAUCAUAACACGUCUUAACCAUUACCGUGAUCGAUUAAGAUUAAUUCGGUGCACGGGUGAACUGCGGGACACGCACGCAUUGCUCACCAUGCAUGUUGAGGUGUUGUUGCGAAAAAUUAAAAAGUCGAGUGUAGUGAAUGAUGUGCAGGAUGAAAAUACAGUGAAUCAAUCAAGACCGACUGGUGCAAUCAGACGGACCAUCAGCGAAGUAGAUGAAGCAGUUGGAGGGAAAGAAGACAGCACGAUCCCGCUGGAUGGUAACCAAAGUCAAGAAACCACACCAACUCCAGUACCACAACCUCUUAUGGCGUCCUUCUCGGAUGGACAAGGCAGAGGAUGGCGGCCCCUCAGUUCGUUUGAAGCACGCGACGACGAUGAUAGAAGGCAAGCAGACACAGGACGAGGUAGCAACUCACCACCACCUCCCUACAUUCCACGAGGACCGGGAAGGGGGUCGCUGCUUACCAGUUCGUUUAAUGUACGUGAUGAGAAUUACAGAAAACACACAGAUUCAGACGGGUGGAAUAAUUCACUACCACCACCCUAUAUUUCAAGUAGAGAUGAAAGGGGAUAUCAUCCCGCAAGGGAGGAGGCAGUAUCAGAAGCUCGCUGGUUGGAGGAGAGGAUAAGGGAGGUACAGGACAGAGAGGAACGGAAUCGAGAAGAAUUCUGCAGGAUGCGAAACGAGUUGGAGCGUCUAAUCCGUCGAGAAAGACCAACGCCAGAACGGGGAGAGGAACGUAGGAUGCAGAAGGCCGUACACAAUUGGCCAUUCAAAUUUCGAGGCGAGAAGGAUACGACAUCACUCAACGUUUUCCUGGACCGCGUAGAAACCUUUGCUAAGUCGGAAGGUAUGAGCGAUGCAAUGCUUCUGAGCUCCAUCAAGCAUUUACUUCAAGAAGACGCAAUCGAUUGGUACGCACGAGCAACUUCACAGCGCCUGCUGCAUACAUGGAACGACUUCAAGCGUGAAAUUCGAAGAGAGUUUCUGCCAAGUGGUUAUUCACAGAUCCUUCGUCUGGAAGCCAGCUUCAGAUACCAAGGGAAAGAUGAGACGUUUGCGAAAUACUAUCGUGACAUUGCAGCGCUCUUUCGCUUCGUGGAACCUCCAAUCCCGGACGACGAAAAGUUUUUCGUAGUGAAAAAGAAUAUGAACGAAAACUAUGCUGCUAUCGUAACGGCAGCAAGGCCACGAACAUUAGAAGAAAUGGUCGAAGUAUGCACUGGAUAUGAUGAGACGAGAAUGCUUCACAACAGACAACGCAGGAUUCCGAUUCCCCACAGUGCGUUACUUGAACCGAGCUUCGCUACUCCUGUAACAACAAACAGACCGAUGCCGGUACCACAACAACAGCAACCAUACCGGGUCAACAGAGUUCAUUCGGUGGAGGUUGAAGGUUUUCCCGAGAGUGAAGCAGGAGAAGAAGAUGUUGAGGACAAAUGGCAGCACAGCAUCGACGAACUCGUCGAGCAAGUUAACGCGUUGAAAAUGAACCUGGAGAGUAAAACAGUGCGGCCAAACUUCACAAUGCAUAAGGAGCCGCAGCAUAGGUUCGCAAAUAGGUUCAACCGACUCGGCAUGGAGCAGCAGCAUAGCAGAGAAGCAGAUCAAUCAGUCGUUCAGCAUCAACAGUCGCAGGUAAUGCACAGUCAACCGCGUCAAUCGCAGCAGCAGAUAGUUCAAUCGAGAGUACAAGGCUGGCAACCAAGGCGGUGGACUCAAACCGCGAUGGAAGAAUCGAACGGUAACAACCAACGAAGUAACCGGUCGCAGCAAGCGCCAGAAAGGCAGAAAGAAAUCCAAUAUGAAGAGAGGCAACUGAACAACCAACGAUCAUCAAUCGUGUGCUGGAACUGUGACGAAGAGGGUCAUCGGUUUAUGGACUGUCCCAAACCACAGGCAAUUCUUUUCUGUUACCGUUGCGGACGAAAGGGGUAUUCGCUUCGCAGUUGUUUCACAUGUCGCACAGACACGUCAAACUACCCAGCGGAGAACCAGCUAUAGAGGGGAGCAGUUCUUCGCGCACUUUUGGACAACCCUUCGACAUUCCUGAAU